UACAAAAUGGACGGCAAUAAAGAUGAGGCACUAAGAUGCCGUAGACUUGCUGAUAAUUAUCUCAAAGAUGGGAACAAAGAGAGAGCUUUUAAAUUUCUCCAUAAGGCACAGAAGCUUUAUCCAUCGAAAGAAGUUGAAGAUUUAAUUGAAAGUUUGUCAAAGAAUGGUAUGUCAACUGGAGCCAAACAUGAGACCAGGGAUGAGAAUCUACGUCACAGAACAGCAAAUGGUAGUGCCACUCAUAGUGCUCCAGAGGAGAAAAAUUAUACACCAGAACAGGCGGAGGCUGUCAAAAAGUGUCGUGUAUUUAUGCAGAGAAGACAUAAUCAUGGUAGGCGCCACAGGCCUCAGCAAUUUCAUGAAGAGGAAGAAAAUGAGCCUCCGUUGUUGCACUCGUUAUUGCAGUUUAUGCCAAUCUUGUUAUUAGUAGGAUUAUCACUGAUGAGUAGCUUUAUGCUACAAGACCCGCCUUAUUCAUUAUCUAGAACAGGUUCUUAUUAUAUUCAAAGAGAAACACCCAAACGCAAGAUUCCUUUUUAUGUUCAGGAAGGAUUCGAAGAUCAAUACGAAAAUAAAAUUCAUAUGAUAGAAAAAAGAGUGGAAGAUGACUACAUAGGCCGACUCCAGUCCCAGUGCUACAGAGAGAGACAAUACAGAGAAGAAGUGCGAGCUCGUGCUCGUUUUUGGCGAGAUCAGGCUCUACUGAAUCGAGCAAAUGCAAUGCCGAUGAAAUCGUGUGAAGCACUGGAAAAAAUUGCCGCUUAGGGUUGAUGCAGUCGCUGAACAGUUAAUUCUUUUUAUAUAUAAUCAAGGCUACCGUGUUUUUUUUCUUUCGUCUUCUUUUCGCUUUGUCCCGGUGUGGUCGGUUUUCACAGAAACCAACUUUCAACUUAGUCAAUUCGGUAGACCUAGAGAUAGUUUUGGAAGACUAUUCUAUUCCCAAAAUGUUAAUUUUUGUCAUCCCAGGAUCAAAAUUAAAUCUAAAUUAAGGAAACGGUACUUUUUAAAUGUUGUAACAUAACGAAAUUAGUAUCCUGUAAAGGCUGCGUUCACACGUGGUUCCUUAAAAACUUUGUCGGGCGUUCACACCAACCGCCGAUGAGGUCGUAAUCGGCUGUUGUGUUUGGGCACAUGGUGUUUUUCUACAGCCAUUGACGUGAAAGAAAAUAGUCCAGUUUUAGUUUGCUUUCCAUGCAAAAAAUCAAUAUGUUAGUCGCGGGACGGCAUUUUCACCGACGUCAGUUCAUAGAUUUUUAAUUAUGUGCAGAAUAAAUGUAUAAGUUGAACCAGCAGUAUCAGGGAACAGGGAAGACAUAGCUAGGAAUUUUUUAGAGAGGAGAAAGGGGGGAGGGGGGGUGGGGAAGAGAGAAAAUUCCGCAAUUCUGCGUGAGCCACGUGAAUUAGCUAACACCGCUGUUCAUUCUUGCAAAGAAUGAACAGCGAGGGAAGGUGGAGGUGAACCAACCUGAAGCUACGCCCCUGGGGCAAAAACGUAUGCGAGUGUUAUCAACGGAUCACUAUAUAUUGAGGUUCUUGAUACUCUGCAUAAAUUUUGACCCCGUCUUUCCCAAUAAAUUCCGUAGCGUACAGAAAGAUUAGCUGAAAACCAGACCAAUUAGUCCCUUUAUGUUCAGACAACUGGGACGACCGCGAUCGGCCAGAUAGAAUUGAGUUUAUGUUUCGGCCAGGUUUGACAGAUACCGACUGAGAAACUCCUCUAUACGAUUCUUAAAAAAAA